AUGGUCAAAAUGUCGAACGAGAGCAACUUGCAAGUCACGUUCUCAAAGAGGCGCGCGGGCCUUUUCAAAAAGGCGAGUGAGCUAUGCACCUUAUGUGGGGUCGAAGCCGCCAUUGUCGUGUUCUCACCUGCCGACAAGGCUUUCUGCUUCGGCCACCCUAAUGUCCAAACCGUGAUCGACAAAUUCGAACCGAAAUUCCCCCAAAUUCAAUCAUUGCCUAACAACAAUGCAAGAAGCCAAUUGAUCAUCGAUGCCCAUAGAAACUCAACCAUUCGUGAGCUCAAUUUGGAGCUCACGCAAGUCGAGGGCCUCAUGAGGGCCGAGAAAAGAAGAGCCGAGGAGUUGGACCUAAUGAGAAAGUCGGGCCAAGUCCAGGGAUGGUUCUUGGCUCCGUCAGACGACUUCGAUUUUGCGAGUCUCCGCACGUUGAAGGAGUCCAUAAUGAAUUUCAAGAAGAAUCUCGAUGCCAAGAUGCAGAAUGACAUGUUUACCCUUGCCAAUCCUCCUCCUAAUUUUAGUACCUUUCCUCCCCCGAGGAUCAAAUUAGGAAACCCAGGUGGGGGUAUUGAUGGUAAUCUUGCUACUUGUGCUCCUACAUUUGCUCAAAAUAAUGCUAGAUUGUCACUAGGGUCUAAUGAUUUUAACCCUUAUGAUAAUUAUAGUUAUCAUGGGGCAAUUGGCCUUAGUGACAACAUUGGAAUGAUUGGGGCUCCAAAACCGGGGACAAUGAACUAUGGUUCAAUUGAUCAUCAGGCUUUAAUUGGUCCUAAUUUGAUGAGUGGCAACAAUAUUUUCCCAAGUGAUCCCUAUCAAAGUGCCAGUGAGAAAGUUACAACCGCUUUGGGCUCCUCUCAAGUAUUCAAUAACAUGCCCUUCGAUCCUAGGUUGUUCUAA